AUGACGAGUGUUAGUUUUCCGCGAAUCACCGAACUAAUUACCAAGCUUUAUUUUAUCGUGUUGACGGUGUUCGGCGGCGCGGCCGUGGCGCGCCUUCGCGAUACACACCACCACAAUUGCUGUAUACAUGCGCUCGCGCACUCACGCACACAUAGCCGCUCGCCCUCCUCAGCGCCCUGCAAUUCGUCGGGUGUAGAACUCCCCGCGCCCUCCCGCCCGCACGCAAUUGCACUGCACUCCGGCACGCUGCGCUGCGUGCGUAAAAAGCGCACACAAGAGGCGCGGGGCGCGGUGUGGUGA